GGCGAGCAGCGUCCAACGGGCGGGGGUGUCAUCCGCCGUGUCACUGCGGUGGCGGUAGAGAGCAAGUGUCGCCCUAGCGCCAUGACGUUCUACGGUUCUAGGGAUCACUCAGCCUCUCAUAUUUGUCACUCAUUUAACCAUCACUACAUUCAAGUGCCGCAGUAGUAAAUAUCUUUUCGACACCGCAUUAAAUGAGCAUUCGUUCGUUCGUCGGAUGGGCGGAUGGGGUGGCAGACCGAGACAGCAACAGCAACCCAGCAACCCCUCUCACCUCUCCUCAGGCCGCAGCCGCACCAGCCCCGCCCUUUCUUUCUCUUUUGGCUGCUUCCCAAAAGAGCGCAAGUGCGUUGCCAGCGGCCCACCGGGGCCAACGACCAUCCAACCUCUCUUUGGUCGAAGGCGACUUCGGACGCGACCGCUUACCGCUUCUUGUUGUCUGCCUGUCAUGGCGGAGUUGUGUAUGUGAAGUGGUGAAGUUGCAAGUAUCUGGACGCCGUAGACCGUUUUGGUAUCGUUACUUUCGGGAUUGCUGAGUACUUUUAGCAAAAUGAAAGUGACUGUUACUACAUUGUCGGACGAUCUGUUCGUUCUGGAUGUGAGCGAAGAUUUGGAACUGGAAAACUUUAAAGCGUUCUGUGAGGUAGAAACCGGGUUCCCGGCCUCGGAAAUCAAUAUAGCAUUCAAUGGGCGACCUUUAAUGGACGAUAAGAAAUCCCUAAAGGAACACGGUGUCCAGGAUGGGGACAUUGUGGUCCUUCAGCACAUGCAGCAGCGAGGACAAGCUGUGCAAAGAGCUGCGCCUCUUCCUGCAAUGGAUUUUAGUUCCAUUCAAGUUCCUGGUACGUCUAACUCUUCAAGCAGACCUAGAUCAGAUGAAGAUCCCAAUGCCAUAAAGCAAAUGCUGCUCUCUCACCCUGAGCAGUUGGCCCUCUUGAAACAAAACAACCCAAGACUUGCAGAUGCCCUCGCCUCUGGAAAUAUGGAGUCAUUUACUGCUGUGCUGCAAGAGCAGAUGGCCGCAAGAAGAGAACAACAGGAAAAAUACCGCCGGAUGAUGGCAGCAAAUCCAUUUGAUGCUGAGGCUCAAAGAUUAAUUGCUGAAGAAAUUAAGCGGAAAAACAUUGAAGCAAAUAUGGAGGCUGCUAUUGAAUACAAUCCAGAGACUUUUGGUAGUGUUGUAAUGUUGUAUAUUAAUUGCCGUGUGAACGGACAUCCAGUUAAAGCUUUUGUGGACUCUGGAGCUCAAGCCACCAUUAUGUCGAGUGCAUGUGCAGAACGAUGCCAUAUCAUGCGUCUUGUAGACACUCGCUGGUCAGGUAUUGCAAAAGGUGUUGGAGAGCAACGCAUUAUAGGUCGGAUACAUAUGAUGCAAAUUCAAAUAGAAAACGACCACCUUACAACUUCUUUCUCUGUACUUCAAGAUCAGCCAAUGGAUAUGCUCUUAGGCCUAGAUAUGCUUCGAAGGCAUGAGUGUGUCUUAGACUUAAAGGCAAAUAUUCUUCGCAUUGGUACCACUGGCACAGAAACAAGGUUCUUACCUGAAAAUGAGCUACCAGAGUGUGCCCGUCUCUCUGGUAAUCCAGAGGAUGCCGCUCGACAAGUUGAGAAAAUGGAAAUGGAUAAGGCUUUAGCUGAUAGUCGAAGUGAAGCUGAAGGUGCCAGUAGUUCAGGACCUAUAACACGAGUGAAUAAUGACAUUUUUGAUGAAAGUGCUGUGGAUGAGUUAGUGGCAAUGGGAUUUCCAAGAGAAGAUGUUAUUCUUGAGUUACGCAAUUGUCACGGUGACAAAACUACUGCUGUUGCCGCUCUCUUGGCAAAGUCUUUGCAAUAUUAAUGCUUUGUUUAAAGAAAUAUGCUCAAAGGAAUAUAUUAAUAGGAAUACUAUGUGAGGUUUAUUUUAUCUUGAAGAUGAAAGAACAAUGUGAAUGUGUGACUUGUUUUAGGUUCAACUAUGGUAAGAACCAUAAUUUUACUAAAUUUCUAAAAUGCAAAUUUAGAAGUGACUUAAAUGUUUUUAGUCGUUUUUUUUUGUAUCUGUCGCGUAUUUAACCAAAGAUGAUUAUGAAACAAGAUUUGUAACAAAACAACUAACAUUUGCUGCUUGACUUUUGACAGACACAGUCUAAAUCUAACAUACCACUUUGUUAUGCUAUUAAAUUUGAGUAAACAUAUUGCUUACGAUAUUUGAAUCUGGGCCAUUCAUACCCCAUUACGAUUACUUGGUGAGAGAAUAUGAGACAGUGCAACAUUCUCUGUUUGAACAAAAAUCUGUGUGUACCUUUCCAUCUAUGUAUUUUCAGGAAACAUUGUGGAAAUGUUCUAUAUUUUCUUGUUACAUUGUGUCUAAUUUUGUUUAUGUUUUAAUUCAAAUAUUUUUAUUGAAUUCAAACCUGUAAAUCUUGCUGAUGAACUAUUGAGUUAACUAAGCAUAGGGGGAGGGGGUAAUUUUGGGAUAAGACCUUAGAUUUUAAAGCAAUAACUUGGCAAAAAAAGUAUGAUUAAAUAAAAACGCCUGGCUCUACCUCAAGGUUUUCAUAGAAGCAAUCCCAGGUCUCAUUUUUAUGCUAUCCAUGCACUAUUUUUACAAGGAUCAGUGUUGUUUUGUUGUAUUUCUUUUCUCUUUUUUAAGGAGGGGAGGGGGGCAAUUAUAAGCAAAGACGAGAAAUCCUGCAGGUAAAUAGCUAUAAGACUGUAAUCCUACAGAGCAUGUACUUUAGCAAACAAGUGAAAGGGUCUGGAAUGGAGCCUUUAUCUCAUCAAACUUAUUGGUGAACUAUGAUUCAAGUUAUGAGAAACUGAAAAUGUCAGUGCAGCUAUUACUGGCAAGAAGGAAAUAAAUUUUAAAAAAACUUUUUGCAGGGGAAUCAAUUUAUUGCAGGAGCUGGUGUAAGAAGUGAUGUGUUAAUUUUUCUGUUGCACAAGGAAAACGGGCGUCGGGUCGGGCGUGUUGCGUUUCCUCCAUGGAAGACAACUUGGCACUCAAAAUCUAAUCCUUAUUUCCACAAAUGGGAACUCAGGGCCUGACUCCCAAAAGCAUAAAAUUGUCUAGAAAUGAGUAAAUGGAUUACCCUGUCCACCACUUCAGGCUUUGGUCAAUAGUUCAAUGGUAUUGUGAAUUUAUGGAUGAAAUGGGAACUAUAUUUAUUACCUUGUUAUAUUUAUGUGGUUUAUUACUUUGCAUAUCAUGAAUCAGCUGAUGUGUGAUUUUGCAUCCUGAGUUCUUAGUACUUAUGAGUUUUCUUGUGUGUGUGUCUUAUGAAUAAAAUGUAAGUACUCUGUGCUUUGAAAAAAGAAAAAAAGAUUUUGUAUCAAAGUUUACAUAGGUAUUUGAGUGGGAUUCACAGGCUGUGAAAUCAACAGAAUACUGUAGACACUUGUCAACUUUUGUUUCUCUAUAAGAUAUACAUUAAAGAAGUACUAUAA